GGCGAUAGAAACCACGUGCUACGCACAAUCUACGCCGAUCUUGAGCCAAACGUCGUCGAUGAGAUCUGCAUCGACACAUAUCGCAGCUCGUCUCCCCGACCUAUCUACACCGAGAUGAUAAUUACUGGCAAGGAGGCUACCUCCAAGAACUACGCCUGUGGACACUACAUCGUCGGCAAGGAGCUCAUCGACCAGCUACUUGGAAAGUUCCACGUCACCGACGAUAUCUCUGGUUUUCCGGAAUUCCUCGUGUUC